GAGAAACUUGAAUGAGUCGGACAAGACUUCGCCCAGCGUCUCAAAUUUAACAUCAAUUCCACUCACAUCAAGAAACACUGAGUAUUUUCAUAGCUUUUCCUGCACCACCCGGCUGCGAGAGACGACGAAAAGUGCUUGAAUUGUUCAACUUUGCCCGUCGCCAUUGAAAAGUGUGAAAAAAAACUAGAGAGAUCAAAAGUAUUGAAGUGACUUAAUUGCAUUCCUCAUCUUAUGGUUAACGUGAGACUGAUGACACAGUAAAAGGAAUUACAAGUUUCCAAAAGAUGGGCAAAACGGAGUGAAAUUGUAUUUUGCUCACACUAUUGCACGCGAGAGAGGAACACAUUCCACAAGUGCUGAAAACGUUUCGCAAAAAACGCCACUGAGACGCAGAGUUAUUGGAUUAUAUUUUCCGUCGAGUGUUGGAUACCUGUAGAGAGGCAGAGGGAAAAGUUCUUCAUCCUCAAUUUUUUCGCAACACACACACCAAUUUGCCAAACAACUGGAUUUUCUUUCGUCUUCUCGGGAAACUCAUCACCUGUCAUCAAUGGAAAUACUUCAUGAGAGUUAUUGCAGCUGGUAACGAUGCAGCAUGCGAGCUUUUUGUACCGUCAGCGCGCCCCUCGAGGUCUGCGCGCCACCCACACGCCCACUGUGUCCAGGUGCGAGAUUCCUAGCGCUCAGGUUGCUGGGAACACCACAAGCGCGCACUCUUUACUUUCUUGUGGAAGCCAAGAGUCGCGUCCGCGAAGUCUAUGCACAGACAUGUCUUCACUUUGCCAAGCAAGGCAUGUUGGAUACCGAACUCUUCGGCCUGGCGGUUCUCACAGAUGGCGAGUAUCUGUUUGCCGAUCCGGAGAGCAAAUUGUCCAAGUACGGCCCCAAAAGUUGGCGUUCAUCUCACACGCACGGCCUCGACGCAAAUGGUCGCCCUCUCCUGGAGCUGCACUUCCGCGUUCAGUUCUACAUAGAGAGUCCGCUCAUGCUUCGAGAUGAAACGUCCCGCCACUACUACUAUCUCCAGUUGAAAGCCAAUGCGGUGUCCCGUGAUGUGCCAAAGGAGUGUUCGGAGCAGAGCCUGCUGCUGCUGGGCGGCCUGGCUCUGCAGGCUGACCUGGGAGACUCCCCUGAGGAGCAGUCCACCGACUACUUCCGCCACGAGGACUACAUCCCGGCCGCCAUGCACUCGUCCUGGGGCGCCUCGGCGCUCAACUCCUGCCAUCGCGAGUACCGCGCCAUGUCGCGUGCCGAUGCCGAGACGCACUAUAUCCGCGAAGCCUGUGCUCUUCACGAGGCCAUAAACGCCCACAUUUUCCGGAUGAAGAGCACGAAGAGCGACUCGAGUCCGGGAUCUGUGUGGCUGGCGGUGUACGCGAAGGGCAUUAAGAUCAUGGGCGACACCGCAAUGCCCACAACUUUCCUCUGGCCCAGCAUCAGCAAGCUCAGCUUCGAGCGAAAGAAGUUCGAGAUCCGCUCGGGCGACAAUAAGAUCAUCUUCUAUGCCAGCAGCGAUGAGAAGAACAAAAUGCUGCUGGCACUGUGCAGAGAAACUCACCAGUUCUCCAUGAAAAUCGCACCCCGGCUCACGGAGGCGAUCAAGCGGGAGGAGGAAGAGAGCAGCUGCAUCCACACGUGCUACAUAUACUCGCGAUCGCUCAAUCUGCCCUACAACAAGAACAAGAACGACCAACGCAUCUCGGUGAUUAGCAGCACCAGCAGCAACACCACAUCGGGCAUCAUUAGCGAUCGCGUCCAUUCCGAGGAUGAGCUGGAGAUCAUGAUCAAUUCACCGCCGGCAGUUCCAAUAGCGGCUCCCAGCACGGAGAGCCUGGCUCUGGCCCACCUCCUGGACAGACCUAGUGUGAGCCGCCAGGCUUCGUCGGUGGGUCAAGUGUCGCUGAAGGGACUGGAGGACACGCUGGCUGCACUGAGUGUGCGGUCGAUGAGCAGCGAAUCGACAGAACUCCAGGAGCGCAACACCACAACAACUGAUCGCACCUCAAAUGACACAGACUCACCGGGAUCACAGCACAACAUCAGUUCUCAGUGCUCGUCCACGUGCAGCACAGUUGUUGUGGCCACUGAAACGGUUACUCUUCCCACUCCACCUCAAACUAACGCUAGGCGACACAGUACAUGCUCUAGCCUAGAGCUGGGCUUUAGUCACACAGCCCAGAAUUCCGUUCUCAGCGAAGUCACAUCUGCCUGUCUCAAUCACGACGAGGAGGAUGAGGAGGGUUCAUCCUUGGGAGUUUACACCCUGGCACACACAGCUCCGCCCACGGAGACUAGUGGCGUGUACACGAUGAGCAGCAGCGAGAUGGCAGAGUCUGAGAGUCACGAGUCGUCGCACUAUGGCAGCUUCCAACCCAACGAGAGCAUCGCCAAUCUGGACUCUGUGGAUGGCAAUGAUUUCCGGCAUAGGCUGAGCAGUGAUGCUACAGCGGAUUUUCGGAUACGAUCGGACUCCAAUGUGAGUGCUUCCGGAUCGUUUAGGGGCGAUGGCAGUGAUCCCACGGACAACAAGCAUGCUCUGCUGAGCGCAGAGGAGUUGACGGACUUGAUAGUGGGCAGGGGAACCUAUCCCAAUCGAAAGACUGUGAGCAACACCCUGGAUUCUGACUGUGACUAUGUGACCCUGCCUCUGCCGCUCGAGGGAGAUAGCUACAUUCAGGGGCACAAGGAUACAGCGCCAACUGAAGAGGAAUUCGAGCUGGACAUUCUGGCAAAUCCACCCACACCCCCAAAGCGAAUCAACAGCACUGGUACGAGUUCCCUGGCCAAUAUUGUGCCCGCCAGAAGAUCACCGCCGCCGUACAAUUCGCACCACGAGACGACUGGACUCUGUGGACCGGCUGUUCGAGAGGAGGCUCCGGCGAUUCCUCUUCGGGAUCCACCGCCAUAUCCUCAGCAACCAACUCCGAGACCGCCAUCGACUGCAGCCAGUGUGAUUCCCGAGGAAGCUGCGGCCAGGUUCAUCACCACCAGACCUCACAUCAACAUCCUCAAGGCGCACACCAGCGUUGUGGGCGAGAAGCCGAGCUUUGCUGCGCCCACGAUUCAACCGCCAACGCCAGCUGUCACACCCACAACGACCAUCGGCAUCCCCAUCGUUCCCUACAGCUUUCAUGCACCGCACAAGAGCAUGCCCGCCAUUUCUCCGCCUCAUCCGCCCUACCUUGAGGCGCCAAAGUCUUCGCCACGCACAUGCGUUCUGUUACCGGUGAUCAAGCCCAGGCAGUACCUGCCGCCGCCUCCCCAGACCCCACGUCAGCCUCCUCCGCCGCCGCCGCCCCAACUUGCUACGGUCUACUCAUCCCAACUGGCCCGAUCGCAGAUCGAAUUGUACCAACAGCAGCUCUACAGCGAUGUGGACUACGUGAUCUACCCGAUCCAGGAUCCGGCAGUGAGCCAGCAGGAGUAUCUCGAUGCGAAGCAGGGAUCCAUACUGGCCGCCAUGGCACAGAGUCCACCGCCUCCUCCCUACCUGGCCUAUCACGCAGCCGCAUCCAUGGGAUCCUGGGACACCUGCAAAGGCCACACGAUCUACCGAUCGACGCCGUACUUGCCAAUGGCGAUGCCACUGUCUAGCCACUCGCGCUACGCCUCCACGCAGAAUCUCUCAGACUCGUACGUUCAACUCCCCGGCGCCUACUCUCCACUCUAUUCGCCAUCUGUAGCCAGCCUCUGCUCGUCUUACGAACCGCCGCCACCGCUGCCCCUGCGACCCAGACCCGUCAGCACUACGUCGAUAUUCUCGCGUUCGCGCUCGGACGAUAACAUCCUCAAUUCGAUCGACACGCUGCCCAAGGCGAGGCGCUUGCCUCCUCCUCCGCCACCCGUGAACGUCAAGAGGAAUCUCAAGCCACCCAUUCCGACGCCCAUGGAGAGUCUUCAAGGAUCUGCUGGCACGAGCAAGGCCGCUUCGGUUCCAUCUCCCGCCAAAUCGACCCCAACUCUGGUGAACGGGAAGGACGCCACCGGAUCGCCCACAAUAGACAUCCACGCGCUGCGCGAGAAGAGCAAGAACCUGGACCUGCCCCUGAUCGCCGCUCUGUGCAACGACCGGUCGCUGCUGAAGCAAACCAAGGCUUUCGUGAUGCCACGCCAUCCGCGAUCGGGCAGUGGCCCGAAUCAAGGCGGUGUCGUGAGUGCUGCCCUCGCUAGUCACACAGCCAUCAAGGGUAAGUAUCCCGUGUCGGGCCUGAGCACCGUGCAGCUGGCCAAGCCGCGCAAGUCCACCGCGAGCCAUCGCCAUCCCAGCGACAAGCUGCCGCCGCUCCCGUGCCAGUGCCAGACCAAGUCCGCGGAGGGGAACAACUACGUCAUGGACCCCACGCCCACACCCAUCAAGCACAAGAGCUUCAACUCCCAGCCCAGUACGUGACA